AACGCACCCCGUUCCCCGAUUGCGAUUAGCCGUCAACUCGUCAGCCAUUUUGAAAAAAAAGUCGAUUGAGAUUUUGUUGAUUUGUUUUACGUCUCGCUCAGUUGCGUAAAAAUAAAUAUAUUAUUUGUUCUUAAUAUUUGUUUAGCUGCACUUGACGAGAACACAAUGGCAGAAGAAUUCGAUGUUGAAGCAAUGCUAGAAGCACCAUUUAGGAAAGAUGAUGAAGUCAAUGGAAAAUCCAAAGAGAAUGGAGAUAUACGCAGGAGUCGUCCUAGCGAUAAGAGACACCGAAGUACCAGUAGAAGCCAUAGGAGUACAAGUCGCGGACGUAGGAGUACCAGUCGCGGGCGCAGAAGUACCAGUCGAUCUAAAGACAAGCGACGAAGCAGCAGAGAUCGGAAACGAAGUAGAACGCCGGAAAAAAAACGGCGCUCAUCCAGAGAGAGGAGGCGAUCUCGAUCGAAGGAGAGACGAAGCCGAUCGAAAGACAGACGCAGCAAAUCGAAGGAGAGGCGUAGCAGAUCCAAAGAUAGGCGAAGCAGAUCGAGAGAUAAGAAAAGGAGAGAAAAGCGCAGCCGCAGUAAAGAUCGUAAACCGAGCCCUAAAAAACGGUCACCAACUCCUCCAGUUAAACCUCCAUUUCCAAAGAGAGCUCGUUCACCUCUUGGUUUGAGAGGUACAUCGCCUUUAGAAGAACUCAGUCCAGAAGAACGAGAUGCCAGAACCGUAUUUGUUAUGCAAUUGUCUCAGAGGAUUCGCGCUCGGGAUUUAGAAGAUUUCUUCAGUUCCGUAGGAAAAGUCCGAGACGUUAGAAUGAUAGUUUGCAAUAAAACCAGGCGAUUUAAGGGUAUCGCCUACAUAGAAUUUAAAGAUCCCGAGAGCGUAGCUCUAGCUUUAGGUUUAUCUGGUCAAAAACUUUUGGGCAUUCCGAUAAUAGUACAACACACCCAGGCGGAGAAAAAUAGAAUGGGCAACGCCAUGCCCAAUAUGUUGCCUAAAGGUAUGACAGGACCUAUGAGACUUUACGUCGGAUCCCUCCACUUUAAUAUAACCGAAGAAAUGUUGAGAGGUAUAUUCGAACCUUUCGGCAAAAUCGACAGCAUCCAAUUGAUUCAAGAUCCCGAAACUGCGCGAUCUAAAGGCUAUGGUUUUAUUACAUUCCAUAAUUGCGACGACGCGAAAAAAGCUUUAGAACAAUUGAACGGCUUCGAACUCGCCGGUAGGCCGAUGAAAGUGGGCAACGUGACGGAAAGAUUGGAUUUGCAGCAACAGGGUCCUUCGAUUUUGGAUUCGGACGAAUUGGAUAGGUCCGGCAUCGAUUUGGGAGCGACGGGCCGUCUCCAGUUGAUGUUUAAGCUCGCAGAGGGCGCCGGAAUGCAGGUUCCUCAAGCGGCGGCGAAUGCGCUCAGCAUGGCGACCGGCCAGCCCGUUGUUCCUCAAGUACAAACCCACUCGACGCCGCCGAUAGCUACCCAGUGUUUCAUGUUGAGUAACAUGUUUGACCCUGCAACAGAGACAAACCCACAUUGGGACAUAGAAAUUCGCGAUGAUGUGAUAGAAGAGUGCAAUAAACACGGUGGCGUGUUACACGUGUAUGUAGACAAAGGUUCUCCACAGGGCAACGUCUACGUUAAGUGUCCUUCAAUUGCGACGGCCGUGGCUUCAGUGAACACGUUGCACGGUAGAUGGUUCGCCGGUCGUGUCAUCACGGCGGCAUACGUACCCCUCCUCAACUACCAUUCGCUAUUUCCCGACGCCAUGACGACUACGCAGUUAUUAUUACCUUCAAAUCGGAAGUAAAGUUAAACGCGAGACUUGAAAACUGUUUCGGGCAUGUCAACUAUCAGUUUCAAUAGUGUUGCUCUUUUGCUAUGUUGACAUUCGGCAUGUUACCUAAUGAAAACUAAAAACCGGCUCAAAAGUGCGCGAGUGUAUGUAAUUAAGUAUUGUAUCAAUAUUGAUGAAUGAGUUCUGUAGAUAAGUUGUUUUAUAUUCAUUAUAAGUAUUCACCUUUACUUAGUACU